GGAAGAGUAAGAGUGAGAGCGAGAGUAAGAGAGGACUCCUGGCUGGACUUGGGAUUUGGAGCGGACCCCGCGCAGCACAGUGCCGGCGGCCGGGCAGGAGAGCCGAGCGGAGUGAGGCCGGGAACCCACGAAGCGAAGCAGGAAUCCUUGGAGCGGCUCCUUCGUUCCCUUUUCUCCGCCUCCGGCUCGGCUCGCGUGGUUUCUGCAGAGCCGCAGCCCCGGCUGCUAUGGGAGCCGGCUGGCAGCCGGGAGCGCGUCACUGAGACCCCCGUCCUGGUUCCGUCGGUGGGGCAGCCCCUUCCUCACACUUUUCCAUCAGGGACCAUGAAGAGCAACCGAGCCCAGAAGGGCAGAGGCGGCAAGAAGGACCUCAGCACCGAGCUUAAGUACAGCCACCAAUCCCAGAAUAUAAAUGGCUUUGAGGAAGGAGUGGAAUUCUUGCCAGCUAACAAUUCAAGGAAGGUGGAAAAACGUGGACCAAAGCGCUGGAUUGUGCUGCUGGCAUUGGUGAUCUUCUUCAUCCUGUUGUCCCUUGUGGUUGGAAUCUUGGUGUGGCAUUUUAACUCUCAGAAUGCACGGGUGCAGAAAAUCUUCAAUGGUUACCUGAGGAUUACAAAUGAGAACUUUAUAGAUGCCUAUGAGAAUUCCAACUCCACAGAAUUUGCAAAGCUGGCCAGCAAGGUUAAGGAAGCGCUAAAGGUUUUAUACAAUGGAAUCUCAGCCCUUGGGCCCUUCUACAAGGAAUCUGGAAUAACAGCCUUCAGUGAGGGCAGUGUCAUUGCCUACUACUGGUCGGAAUUCAGUGUCCCCCAAUAUAUGGUAGAGGAGGCUGAGCGAGCCAUAUCAAAAGAAUAUGUCGUGUCACUACCUCCCAGGUCCCGGUCCUUGCAGUCCUUCAACAUGGCUUCAAUUGUGGCUUUCCCCACUGAUGCCAGAACAGCACAGACAACACGGGACAACAGCUGCAGUUUUUCCCUACAUGCCCGGUCUGGCGAGGUGACCCGCUUCACCACCCCAGGAUUCCCAGACAGCCCCUACCCAGCACGUGCCCGCUGCCAGUGGGCCCUGCGUGGAGAUGCUGACCUGGUGCUGAGCCUUACCUUUGAAAGUUUUGAUGUCGCAGCCUGUGAUGAUGUUGGGAGUGAUGUGGUCAUGGUAUAUGACUCCCUGAGCCCUGUAGAACCUCGAGCCGUGGUGCAGCUAUGUGGCACUUACCCUCCCUCCUACAACCUGACCUUCCUCUCCUCUCAGAAUGUCAUGCUUGUCACACUCAUCACCAAUACUGUGCGGCGCCACCCUGGUUUUAAGGCUGUGUUUUUCCAGUUGCCCAAGAUGACUGAAUGUGGAGGUCGCCUAACUGGAGUUGAGGGGACAUUCAAUACCCCCUACUACCCAGGCCACUACCCCCCCAAUACGGACUGCACAUGGGACAUUGAGGUCCCCAGUGACAAAAAUGUCAAAAUUCGUUUCAAACUCUUCUAUCUGGUGGAACCUCACGAAACCCUGGGUACCUGCACCAAGGACUAUGUGGAAAUCAAUGGGGAAAAGUUCUGUGGAGAGAAGGCACAGUUUGUUGUUUCCAGCAACAGUAACAAGGUCACUGUCCGUUUCCACUCAGAUGAGUCCUAUACUGAAACAGGUUUCUUGGCCGAGUACCUCUCCUAUGACUCCGAUGACCCCUGCCCUGGCAUGUUCACCUGCAAAACGGGACGCUGUAUCGACAAGAACCUGCGCUGCGAUGGCUGGGCUGACUGCGCAGACUUCAGUGAUGAGCUUGAGUGUGUGUGUAACUCAACCUACCAGUUCACCUGCAAGAACAAAUUUUGUAAGCCCAUCUUUUGGGUCUGCGAUGGCCUGAAUGACUGUGGGGAUAACAGUGAUGAGCUGCAAUGCAGCUGCCCAGCUCAGACCUUCAAGUGUGGCAAUGGAAAAUGCAUCUCGGAGAGCCAGAAAUGUGAUAAGCAGGAUAACUGUGGAGACGGGAGUGAUGAAGCUGAAUGUGAUAGUGUUCGGACUGUCCCCUGCACCACUUACACGUACAAGUGCCUCAAUGGAGUGUGUCUGAGCAAAGGGAACCCUGAGUGUGAUGGGAAGAAUGACUGUAGUGAUGGCUCGGACGAGCAGAACUGUGAUUGUGGACUCCGGUCAUUCAGUAAAAAGUCAAGGAUUGUUGGAGGCCAGAACUCAGAUGAAGGAGAGUGGCCAUGGCAGGUGAGCCUCCAUGCAGAGGGCCAGGGUCACCUCUGUGGGGCAUCACUAAUCUCCUCCACCUGGCUUGUCUCUGCAGCCCAUUGCUUCAUGGAUGAGUUAGGAAUCAGGUACUCUGAGCCCUCUUUAUGGAAAGCCUACCUGGGGCUGCAUGACCAGAGCAAGCCCAAUGCCGAAGGGGUGGAAGAGAGGGGAUUCAAACAGAUCAUCUCCCACGCUGCCUUUAACGACUUCACCUUUGACUACGAUAUUGCUGUUAUGGAGCUGGACAAACCUGUCGAGUUCAGCCCUUUAAUUCGGCCCAUCUGCCUUCCUGAUUCAUCCCACACCUUCCCUGCGGGCAAGGCCAUCUGGGUGACAGGCUGGGGGCACACUAAGGAAGGAGGCACUGGGGCAUUGAUCCUACAGAAGGGGGAGAUCCGAGUGAUCAAUCAGACCACUUGCGAGUCUUUGCUACCCAACCAGUUGACCCCCCGUAUGAUGUGCGUGGGCUUCCUCAAUGGAGGUAUUGAUGCCUGCCAGGGUGAUUCAGGGGGCCCUCUCUCCAGUGUGGAAGAUGAUGGGCGGAUGUUCCUGGCUGGGGUGGUGAGCUGGGGUGAAGGCUGUGCUCGACGGAACAAGCCAGGUGUCUACACCAGAGUCUCUGUGCUUCGGAACUGGAUUAAAGAGAAGACGGGAGUGUAGGGGUUGCCCUACAUGUGCUGUCCUCUCCUCACACACAUGCAUAUGAAGAUUGAGGAUGGGCCAAUGGACUCGUCCCUCUUCUGAGGACCCUCCAGGAUAUGAACUACAUCCUUUUGUCUCUGGGGACCAUGAAUCUACCUGGGAGCCUCAAACUUAGCUCAGGCCCAGCCCCAGCCUCAAACAAACUCUUAGGAAAUGGGUAUGGAGGAACGCUGGGCAGAGCCUGUGUCUCAACUUAGUAUCUGAAGUGUAGGGACACAGAUUUUCCCCCAAUCCCAUCCCUGAGUUUGGAUCUGAGAGACUUUGCUAAGCCUUCUGUGUUUUCUCCCUGAAGAGAAGCUCUAAAUGUGUCCCCCCACUUUGCUUAGACUAGGGCAUCCUAUGUGGUCAGUACCUGUGGCCAGAGCCUCUGGAGCUCAGCUCAUGCCUGACCCUGAAGAAAAUGAGGACCAGGCAGCUGAACUGUUUUUCCUGACUUCCAGUUGUUGUUGUUUGUGUGUGUGUGUGUGUGUGUGUGUGUGUGUGUGUAGUUUUUAAUACUUUUUAAAUUAAUAAUUUUACACCACAGUUGAUUUCCCUCCUCCAUUCCAGUUCAGAAAUGCCUUUAUUAGAUCUAUGUACUCUCAGGGAUUGGGGCUGGGGGGGUGGUGUGCACAGGAGUGCCCGAUUGUGUAAUGAAGUGCCAUGGCAGUCUUGCUUUAUUCUCUAGACAAGCAAGCCCUGUGGUCUCUCUUGUGAUACCUUAGAGGCUCAGAAAUUCUGGGGGCUUCAGAGGUAAAAGGAGUUGAUUCGAGGGGAGGGGGCAGCACCUGCCUAGAAUUUGGUCACACACACACACACACACACACACACACACAGAGUUUUCUCUAGGAAGCACCAGGCUAUUUGCCUCCUGAAGCUUUUGCUUUAGGAGGGAAAGUCUCCCCUGGUACACGUGUGUGCUGGCUAGUGUCCUACACAUAGAUGGGCUGCUAGUUCCAUUCUUAGUCUAAGUGAUGUUCCUGAACCACGGAGGGACAGUAUCUUCUUGUUGGAACCUCUCCUUGUUCCACACUCUGUGUUCUCUUUGCCUCAGGCACAGGAGAAGAAAAUUUAACUUUUUUUUUUAAUUUUAAACUUUCUUGGUUUUUGUGCUUGGGAUGGCCCACUGAGGGUCAGUGUUGGCUGAUACUCCUCAGAGCUAGAGAAGAGUUCAAUUUAAUUCAAAUCAGCAGACACUUUUAAAGGGGAUCUUGUGUGGAGCACAUGGUGCUUGGUACUAGGAGAGGUACAGCGUUUCAAUAAAACAAUCUCUGACCUCCUGAGGCUUAGAAGUCUGGGAGAGACUGGGUGCUCCUUGUCCGAGGGCCUGGAAAUGGCCUCUUGUUGAUUUUCUCAUUUCAGUCUGACCCCUUGUACUUGUUCUGCUGUGUCUGGGGAAAAGGGAAGAUGGCCAUGGUUCUGUCCACACUGGACCCCAUAAAGCACUGGGGUUGAUAGACAAGUGUGUGAAUGGAUCCCCCAUCUGGGGCCCAGGGUGAAGGAGGGAACUGUGAUCUGCAGUGGAGGGGGAGGGGGCGGGGGGGGAGAGAAGGGUGAUAAUAGGAAGAAUCAGAAAAUGAUUUCCAAAGAAGUGACUUAUAUGUACAUUUUAUUGUUGUAAUUGUUGCUCUGUUCUUGUUAAGGGCCCUAUUCUGGGCUUUCUCAGUCAAAUGUAUUUAAGAUGCCAGAGCCCCAGGGAAGAUAUCGGGGACCAAAUGUACAUUAAAGGGGAAAGUUUUACAAGAUUCCA